GUUAAAUUAUUUUUCUUUAUUAACUUUUUUUUAUAAAUUUACAAAUUUAUGGUUCAUCAAAUUCGCACACCUUUCUUCUUACUGUCCAAAUAUAUUAAAUAGAGACUAAAAUUUAAAGACGACCAAAACGACGAAGCUUAGCUCAAAAUGGCCGAAAAGCCACCCGUAACCAUGAUGGAUACGACAGAGUCACAGCCGGUGCACGUCAAAAACUCGAUUAAUCCAAAUAUUAACGAUAACCAAUCGACCAUUAAUGAUCAUUCAUCCUAUCUCAUUCGUACAGGCGAUAUUGCUAACUCUAAACUAAGCACACCGCCUCGACACCCUCUCUCAUUAAUGUCCUCGCUGCCCCCUCUUUCCUUCAACGAAUGCUACCAUAAGGAAAGAGAAGAAUAUCUGAAGCGUUUCGAAGGCUGGAACCAGCCCGAUCAGGUGGACUUCGUUCAGCAUCUACUUCAUAAAAUGUGCCACUAUCAGCACGGCCUCAUAGACUCGUUCCUCAAGCCCAUGCUCCAAAGGGAUUUUUUAUCUUUACUACCGAAGUUUUACUUGGACCACUUAGCCGAAAAAAUUCUUUCAUAUGUGGACGCCCGUUCACUCGCUUCUUGCGAGGCCGUUUGUAAGCGUUGGAAUAGAGUUGUGUGCCAGGGAGUACUUUGGAAAAAACUUAUGGAAAAGAAAGUUAAGAACGAUCCUCUUUGGAAAGGGCUUUCUACCAGAAGAGGAUGGAGCCAAUUUCUCUACAAGGCCCAAAGCCUUGAUUUUGUUCUCGACCAGCUGCGAUCUCUAAAACCGCUCGAUUCGGCCAGCCAUACCCGGGCUCCUUUCGACUCUCCCUUCUACGAGUACUUCUUAAAUGGUAACCUAGCUGAUGCGGGCCAAGAUAACAUAAAUAGUCUAACUGGAAAUGUGAACAUCUUAAACGAAAAAUGCCUCCACUCUAAUUCUCCCCCAGAACCACCUCCUUACUUUUUUAAGCCACCCGGUUUUAUGCAGGGCGAUGAAUAUCAGCUUAAAAUUGCUUCCUGGUUUUACAAGAGACUUUUUGGGUCGGUGCUUAAGGAUAUAACGAAUCUGGAAAGCAAUUGGAGGGAAGGCCGGCACUCCUUAAGGAGGAUCAAGUGCCGCAGUGAAAAUAGUAAAGGAGUAUACUGUCUGCAAUAUGAUGAAAGCAAAAUCGUGAGUGGGCUGAGAGAUAAUACCAUUAAAAUCUGGGACUUCAAAACUCUGGAAUGUAUUAAAGUGCUUACUGGGCACACUGGAUCUGUCUUAUGCUUGCAGUACGACGAUAAAAUCAUAAUUACCGGUUCCAGCGACGCCACAGUCAGAAUAUGGGACGUCAGUACUGGCGAAAUGCUAAACACGCUAAUCCAUCAUUGCGAGGCUGUUUUACAUCUCAGGUUUGAAGAUGAGGUUAUGGUCACCUGCUCUAAGGACCGUUCAAUAGCAGUUUGGGACAUGAGGUCUCCCAAGGAUAUAAGCCUGAGACGAGUGCUGGUAGGUCACAGAGCGGCGGUUAACGUGGUGGAUUUUGAUAGCAAAUACAUUGUUUCCGCUUCUGGCGAUAGGACGAUUAAAGUAUGGGACACGUCUACUUGCGAAUUCGUUCGAACUUUAAAUGGGCACAAGAGGGGAAUCGCUUGCUUACAAUAUAGGGAUAGGCUAAUAGUUAGCGGUUCUUCCGAUUAUACCAUAAGAUUAUGGGACAUUGAAUGCGGUUCUUGUCUUAGGAUAUUAGAAGGGCACGAGGAAUUGGUUAGAUGCAUCAGGUUUGACAAUAAACGAAUAGUCAGUGGGGCUUACGAUGGGAAAAUAAAGGUAUGGGAUUUAGCCGCAGCUUUAGAUCCUAGAACUCCAUCAGGCUCCGUUUGCAUUAGAACUUUAGUCGAACAUACUGGCCGUGUAUUUAGACUCCAAUUUGACGAAUUUCAAAUUGUCAGCAGUUCUCAUGAUGACACUAUACUCAUUUGGGAUUUCCUUAAUUACGAGAACCAAACGGAACCUUUGGGCGGUUUAUCUACUUUGGCAAACCCUUUAGAGGAUGAGUUCCUUAACCUUGGGAAUCCCGAUAUUGCCAUGUCCACGGGAGUUCUAUUAGCCAAUAACGACAUGAAUAAUAUGGUAGAGGGAUCCGGAAGUAGUUCUACCAACCUAGGAAACUUUAAUACUCCCUCCAAUAUUAUCAAUGGGAGCAACAGUAUACAAAAUAACAAUAUAAAUAAUUCCGGCGUUUAUAAUGAGGCAGAUAAUGUUGAUAACGGUAUUUGAACCACAGAAUUUAUAUCCACUGUCGUGAUUAAAACAAAGCAACUAAAACUAACUAACGCCUCAACCAAGUAUUAAAAUCGUAACCGAUAUAACUCCGAUGAAAACUAACUUAACGAAACACUCAUCUUUCUCAACAUAUCCAAUAUAUAAUAUAUCCAAAAAUUUAGGACAUCUUAUAUUUAAUUAUAAUAUAUAUAUAUUAUAAUAUUAUAACAUAAAAUUAUUAUUUAUAAACUUUUUUAUUUGAAAAAGAGACGAAUUUGUAUAUAAUAUUAUUAAUAUUUUAAAAUGGCGUUUUGGCUUGUAAAACGCGUGACUGAGAUGGUAUAAGCCAUAAUUAAAUAAUGUUUAUAAUAUUUUUUGUAUGAAUUCGCACAUGUGAAUUAUGCAUUUU